GGUCGCCGCAUAAUUACUUCUUCCAGUGCGAUCAGAAAAGACCUCCGCCGACGACCUCGCUGACUCUGGUCGUCAAUUAGGUCAAACAAAUUAUUCCUUUCAGUGAUAACGUCAUUAAGAUGUCAGAGAAUUCUAGAACUACGUGGGAAGGUUGCAGUGUCUUGCUCGACAUCAACGACGGCGAUCGUCUUGUUUUUGCUCGUCUAUCACCUGGAUCGACUUUGAAGAUUGGGACUAAGAAUUUCUCCCUUCAGCCAUUGAUUGGCUGCCAUUACGGCUCAUUGUUUCAAGUAGAGAAUGGAAAGAAACCGGUUCUAUCUCGUGUUCAAGACGCCACAAAAGAUAAUAAUGUUGAAGACAAAGGGGGUUGUGAAACGGUGGAUGAAAGUAAAGAUAAUCGAGCAUUAAUUGAUAAUAAUCUAGCCCAAAGUCUUACAGGCGAAGACAUAGAUUCCAUGAAGAGUCAAGGUGCAACCGGAAAUGAAAUAAUUGAAGCCCUCAUUGCGAAUAGUGCAACAUUUGAGAAUAAAACAGCUUUCUCACAGGAGAAGUAUAGGCUUAAGAAGCAAAAGAAAUACGCACCUACGGUUCUUGUGAGGCGUCCUUCUGCAUGCAGUAUAUGUGAGGCAUACUUCAAGAAAAACCCUGCAAAAAUAGGGUUCUUACGCAUUGAUGCCUUGUCUCUUAUUCUAUCCAUGGCUAAUGUUCAUUCGCACUCUGAUGUCCUUGUGGUGGAUAUGGUUGCUGGCAUGCUUGCUGGUUCUAUUGCGGAGCGCUUAGGAGGUACCGGUUCUGUCUGCAACGUGUACUUGGGAAAUUCGCCAACUUCAUUGGACAUAGUGAGGAUUUUCAACUUCACUAGUGAAACAUGCAAAAGGAUUGUGCAGUGUUCAGUAUCAGAUCUUUGUUCAUCACAAAAUGCUACAUCUAACGAUGAAAUUCAGCCUAAUGAUGAUACGACUUGUCAGGAAGAUAACCAUCAAGAAAGCAUGGAAGAAAAAAAAGUCGAACCAAUUCCAUCCGAAAGUGAGGCAAUGGAUAUUGUGACAGACACAAAUGUGGCCCCAGUUAUCAGACCUUACAAAUCUCCCAAAGCUGGAGAGAAAGCUUCAUCAGAGUUAAUUAAGUCAUGGAAUGAAACUGGAUUUUCCAGUCUUGUAAUAGCUGCUACCGAUGCUGAUCCUUGGAACAUUUUAAAACAAGUUUUCCCGUUUCUCUCAUUUUCAGCACCGUUUGUAAUUUAUCACCAAUAUUUGCAGCCACUUGCCGAAUGCAUGCACAAUCUUCAAGUUGAAAAGAAGGCAAUAAAUUUGCAAAUCUCAGAACCCUGGCUCCGGGAAUAUCAGGUUCUACCAUCGAGAACCCAUCCACACAUGCAGAUGAGCGCGUUUGGUGGGUAUAUACUAACUGGGACCAAGAUUUGUGGCAAUGACCAGGUUAAAUUGAAGUGAUGACUUGGAAGUUAAUUAGGUCCAAUUGAGGUAUUAUUGUUUUCUAAUUUAGAUGCCCUUUGCGCCAUAUAACUAACUUAUCGAUAUUGCAUAAGGGCGGGCGCCGAAUAGUUUCAGAUAUGAAAACGACACUACUCAAGAUAUACCCAUUAGUCUUUUUUGGAGCAAUUUGUUUGCUUGUGGAUGCCCAUAAUUGGAUUGGAUUGGAUUUACAAUUUUGUUGUACUUUUCUUUGUUGUGUCUUUCUCUUUGUCUUUGGUU